GCUCCGUUUCCUACCCUCUCCUCCGCCGACCCCGCCCCAGGCGCGGUCCCCGCCGACCCAGCCAGUAGCCCAGCAUCCUCCCUCCCGUUCUCCCCCGUCGGCGUCGCCGCCCCCGGCGGCCGCCUGGCGUGGAGUGCGGAUCCACCCGGACCCGGAUCGAUUUCUUCAUUCCUGUAGUGAUUGAAGCAGGAGGCGCCAGGAGUUAACCGUAGAUGAAUGCCCCAGAUCGCUAUGAGCGCUUUGUCGUGCCCGAGGGCACCAAGAAGGUGUCAUAUGAGAGGGAUACAAAGAUUGUGAAUGCUGCAUCCUUCACCAUCGAGCGUGAGGACCACACCAUUGGCAACAUCGUUCGCAUGCAGCUGCACAGGGACCCAAAUGUGCUCUUUGCUGGAUAUAAGCUCCCUCACCCUCUUCAGUACAAGAUUAUUGUUAGGAUCCAUACUACGAGCCAGUCUUCCCCGACACAGGCCUACACCCAGGCUAUCAAUGAUCUAGACAAGGAGCUCGAGUACCUUAAGCAAGCUUUCGAGGAUGAGAAGACCAGGUACGAGGAAAGGGCGAAGCAGGGGUUCUAAAUCCAUGGUGCCGGAGACCUGACCUUAAAAACUCCGCGUGUUAGUUUUAUCAGGCGCGAGUCGCCUUGAAAGUUGAAACAGUCGCACAGGGAUUGUGAGCAUGAUGUAAGACUGAUUAUCCCUGAACAACUGGACUCGUAUUGAAACGAAAUGCUCAAGAAUCUUUUAAGUUUGUAACAUGAUUCCAGACUUAUCCCUGAACUACCAGUCA